UGCAAAUUCAUCUCAGAUGCAUAUAGCGUCUAGCUCGACAUUUUGACACGACAACCAACAACUGAAUAUUUGUUUUCUAAUAUUCUCGAAAUUGAGACCAGACUUUCAUCGAUCAAACGCCUCUGGGAAGGUUUAUUCGGGUUUCAUCAGUGCUAUGGCGGAGGUCCAACGUAACGUUACAACGAGUGAGACGAUAACGGAGACCGUUCAGGUUCAGACGGGCACACCGCCUCCACCGCAGCAGGAGGGAAGAAGCUUGACCAUCAAGCUCAGGAAAAGGAAGACGGAGAAGAAAGUGGAGUGGUCCAGUGACACGGUGGACAAUGAACAUCUGGGCCGGAGGUCUUCAAAGUGUUGCUGUAUUUACGAGAAGCCACGACAGUUCGGCGAGUCUUCCUCGGAAAGUGAGGGGGAUGACGAGGAAGGCUGCGGAAGUGCGCAUUGUGUUCUGGGACAUGGGAGAAGAGACAAUGAACAGAGGGAGGGUGGUGGGACCACAGCGCCACCUAGUUCUGGGGGAACAAACCCUCGCUAGAAGUUAGCGGGAGAGUCGGUUUGGAGGGAAGGGUAACGGGCGGCACUACAUUCAUAAUCCCUCAUCCUCACUCACACUGAAUUACAUCACACCAUCACUGGGUGUCAAAAGCUUUUUGAUGAAUGAAAGCUUGUAGAGCAAUGCAAUGUGAUUUUGUUUUCCCCGUGGUCAUUAGUGUGAUGACUUGGGGAAGACUAAACCUUUUUUGCGAUCUGAAUGCUGCGGAAAAUUGAUAUUUGUUGUACAUAUGACAUUAGUUUUUAUUUCUUUUUGUGAAAUCUAUAGUUAUUUGUUUGUGUUUAACAACUUGAUCUUACCAGUUAUGUGUCCACAAACAAUAUUUUAAUGAAUUAAAAACCUUCAAAUGUAAUUCGGGAAGGUUAUACCUCCGUGCGAAUUUAAAAGGAUUAAAUGCAGUAUAAAAAAUUAAUUUUAUAUCUUGCUGUGUCACAUUU